AUGCAAUCGCGAAUUAGCAUCGUCUCCGCCGGAUCGAAGGCUUCGAGUAGCCGUAAGUCUCCAGCUGCUGGUGGCCGCCGCUCCUCAGUGGGUCGACGGGGAUCUCAAAUUAUUCUGCCCGUGCUUCCGACUGUCAAUGUUGAAGAGGAUCAGAGCAAACAGGAGCAAGCUCAGAACGUGAAGAUCGCAACUAUUGCCCCGGAAAUUUUGACUCCUCCAGGCAAAGCCCUGGUCCGCAGUUGGAAUCCGCAGGAGGACUACUUCGAGCUGCGUAUUUGGGCAAGCUCGCCUUUGCAAAAAGGUCCACGAGUCGUCCUCACCGCGGCUGAUGCCAAAGCAAGGUCAACUGUCCCACGGCGCAAUCGUCAGUGGGAAGGUACCGUCAGGACCUUGGCCCGGACAGCUGGCAAUCUCGAGGGUGCGCACGAGGAGUCCUGGUGGGCCACAUGCUCCGAUGUGGCACGCCAUGCACGCUUUGGGCUUAAUGAGCAGCUUGACACAGUGCUUGCGGAUCUCCGGCGAUUCAAUUUGGAGGAUACGAAUGAUGAUCCCGACCUGUUCAAAUUCUGCCACAAGCAUAGUCAUGGAGGCUUCAUGCUUCUGGAUUGCGUCGGCAAGGAGUUGGGAACGCCGGUGAGGUACUAG